AUGAGCACUUCGGAGCGCAGCCGGCGCCACAAGCAGCGCAAAGUGCUCCUCAUGGGGCGUUCGGGCGCAGGGAAAUCGUCUAUGAGAUCUAUCAUAUUCAACAACUUCGUCGCAAAAGACGUUCGAAGACUCGGAGCGACCGUGGAUGUGGAACAUAGCAACAUCAAGUUCAUGGGCAAUCUCAUGCUGAACCUUUGGGAUUGUGGAGGUCAAGAUGCUUUUGUCGAAUCCUAUCUCACGAACCAACGGUCACACGUAUUCACCUCUGUCGCCGUCCUGAUCUUCGUCUUCGACGUGACCUCUCCCGCCUCAGAAGCUCGACCGGAUCUCCUAAGCUUCGUUUCGACGAUACAGGCUCUUCGUGAAUUCAGUCCAAGCAGCAAAAUAUUCAUUCUGGUCCACAAAAUGGACCUCAUCCCGCCAGAACGCAAAAGUCCCGUCUACCUUGAAAAGGUCAAAGAAAUCCGCGCUGCCUGUGAGCGCGAAGGAUUUUAUGGCAGCAAGGUGGAUUUCUUCCAAAGCUCCAUUUGGGAUCACAGCCUCUUCCGCGCCUGGACCCAAGUCAUAUAUUUCCUUGUUCCACACAUUACACAAAUCGAGAGCAUGCUCCAGAAACUUGCCGAAGUCAUCAAUGCACGGGAACUAAUCUUGUACGAACGUUUGACUUGUCUUGUCGUCACACAUGUGACCCGCGGCGCCGAAACGCACAACCCAUUCACAGACCGCAUCGAGCGGAUCAGCACAUUGUUGAAGCGACAUAAGCAAUCCAUGUCCCGACACACUGGAUCCGCGGCAUCGGAGGUAUCUUUCGCAGAGAUGCAAAUCAAAACUGAUGCUUUCAUGUUCUUCAUCACGCGGCUCACGGAGAAUACCAACCUUGCGGUCAUCAUGCCUAGCGACGAAGCCUCCUUCAACGCCGCGCGGGUCAAUGUCCAGCUUGCUCGAAAGGAGUUUGCACACUUGGACAUUAUUGAGAAAAAGGGCAAAGAGGCGAACGGCUACAGCGGAGGCUCAAGCCGCAAUCUCCCUUCUCGCGCAAGAGAGUACUGA